AUGUCACCCCAUUCGAUGCGACGGUUCUUGCUGCCUUCGCCAACUACAGCACUGCAGGUUGGACGUUCACGAUCGUGCCGCAGCCAGAAAACUCACCUGACAUGA